AUGUUUGUUUCAACAGAAUGGGGGAGUUGUAAUUGGGCAAUGAAAGCUGAUGGAAAAGAGAUGAAGAAAAUAAUCAUGGACGAGAGAAGUUUUUGGCCUAGUGUGGUGUAUUCUCUUAAAACCACAAAGCCACUUGUUGAAGUGUUGAGGAUUGUUGAUAGUGAUCAAUCACCGGCUAUGGCUUUAAUUUACGGUGCGAUGGACGAGUGCAAAGAAAAAAUUGCAAAGAACUUUGAUAAUGAAGUCUCUUCUUAUAAAGAGAUUUGGGAUAUCAUUGAUGAAAAAUGGGAACAUCAAAUGCAUCGGGAUUUGCAUGCGGCUGCCUACUACUUGAAUUCUCAAUUUAGAUGGAGUCCUAACGUUUCCCAGCAUCCAGAAAUUAAGAGAGGAUUGUACAAUGGCAUGGACAUAUUAAUUAAGAGUAAUGAUAUUUAUAUGAAGAUUGAAGCUCAACUCGAUGACUACAAAUACAAAAAAGGAAUGUUUGGAUGUAGAGCUUCUUUGAAUUCAUAUAUAAAGCGUGUCCUUGUCACAUGGUGGGGCCAUUAUGGAGAUGAAGUUCCAGAACUACAUGCCUUUGCGACGAAGAUAUUGGGUCUUACUUGUUCGACAUCGGCAUGUGAACGUAACUGGAGUACGUUUAAUCAAGUUCAUACAAAAAGAAGAAACCGCUUGAGCACCGAUAGGAUGAAUAACGUGGUGUACAUCAUGUACAAUAAGAAAUUGAAGCAAAAGUUUAUCAGGAAGACUAACCUAAAAGAGUCUGAUGAUCCAUUAGUUGUUGAUGAGGUGUUGUCUGAUGAUGAGUAG